GGAACGCAGGUUUUCCCUCACACUGUUUUCCAGUAAGGGAAGUAGUUCUCUGUGAAGGCCGUGCCACCGAAAAAUCUUGAAACAAAGGAGCAGUUGUAUGGAUUUUUUUUUUCUUUGGCAUAUAUUUUAAAGAGUAAUGAUGCCAAGUUUAGGACCAAAGAAAAAAGCCAACCUAUCCAGGAUGGACAAACACAGCACUGAUUUGCCGCAGCUGAGCAACGAGAAGCAGCUCAGCAUCAUGAACAUGGUCAAGAGCGGCGAGCUGUCCAUCGAAGACGCCCUGGACCUGGCCAGAAAUGACCAACUGCAGCUGUUCAAACAGCAGAGCCAGGCUGAGGAGGAACAACAACAGUACAACUUCAGCAUUCACAAACAUGGCCGCUACAGGUGGCAGAAACGGGUUCUGCAGAUUGACUUCAAGACUAAAAUGCUGUGCAGCAUAGAGAAAGGCAUCGUCAAGCGGCAGCUGCCCUUCUCUCAGGUUAAGAGUUGUGAGGCCGGGGCCAGCUCCAGGUUCUCCAUAUCCUUUAAAGGACGUCACGACUAUGAGUUGGAGGCCACCUCACUGGAGGACAAGCACAAAAUCAUGCAGCUUGUGAAUCAGAUAAUCUAUGAGAAUAUAUACGGGCACCCUGCUGAUGGCAACGCAGAAACACUUCAUCAGUCUCCAGGGUCAAAGAGCCUUCGGGAGGGGGUCUUGUUCCUGCACAGAGGGGGGUUGGCGUCGUUCAAAUGGGUGAAAUAUGAGGUCCAGCUGCACCCUGGCCAGCUGACCCUGGUCCCCCUCGGGCGUCGGGGACCUGCAGAUGGUGAGGUGACCUCCACGGUGACCACUGUGAUUCACCUGUCAGACGGAGACACCAGCGUAGAGAAACCUCACAGCCUAGACACUUUCACUUUGGCCACCCACAAAAAUAAGUACCACUUCCGUGUGCCUGCAUCAGAACAAGCAGAAGACUCCAAGGCUCUCCAACAAGAGAGGGAUGCCUGGGUCCAGGCCAUUCACAAACUGUGUUUGGAGUGGAAGAGGAAGUCCCAAAUUGAAGACAUGCACAUGGGAGUGAUGGAUCUCCAAGGUCAUGACACAGACGAAGACGCAGAGGACACACUGCCAGCAGGAGGACAAGCUGAUGUAGAGUCCAGGUCUAGUGGUGGACAAGUGGUGGACAGAAAUAUGAAUCAAAGUGAUCCUCCAGCUGAAUAUGCAAACUCUGAUCCCAUCUCCUUCGGUGGCAAUCGUGCAUCAGCUGGCGACGGGAGUCAGAGUCGUCCUGCGGCCGAGACCGUGAAGCCUGUGGCCAAACUGCGCAUUAAGUCUGCUAAUAUUAUGCCUUCAUCCCCUGUCCCGUCACCAGCUGUUCCUGGUCCUGCCUUAUCACCACCCACAACCCCAUUACGCUCACCUCGCACCACUGCUUUCACACCCUCCUCUCCUCUCUCAUCACCCACCUCCCCUGUCCGCUCUGUCUCCUCCAUGGUCCCACAAUGCCCUCUCCCUGAACCUGUCUCCUCAACCCAGGCGGGACCACCACCCCCAAUGAUCCCAGCUCCUCCACCUUUACCCAUCAGAUUCAAGAAAAAUCCAACCAAACCAAACACUAAGGCCUUCCACUGGGACCUAGUUGGCUCAGAUACGAUUGCGAAAUCUUUCUGGAUGCAAAGAAGCACCAGGAGGAUUGAAAUUGACACCCCACGCUUGUAUGAGCAAUUUGCUGUUCAAGACUUGGGAACAAUUGGUGUUGCUGAUUCGGGUAAUACCCAGCACAUUAUUCUCGACCAGAAGAUUGCGCACAACUUCAAUAUUUUCCUCAAAAGUUUUCCAGUGCAACCGGGAGAGCUGAAGGACAAACUGUUCAUCGUUAAUGAGGAUGACGGAGGCCUGUCUGAUGAGCAGAUCACCUCCCUCAGGAGGUAUGUUCCCACCUCAGACGACGUGGAAACGUACAAAUCCCACCAGGGCCCUGUGUCAGAGCUGCAUAUCGUGGACCAGUACAUGAUGGAGAUGUGCAACAUUCCCUGCCUGAGCACACAGCUGGACCUGCUGCUGACCCUCAGAGAGCUCCCGAUCAGCAUGAACGACCUGCAGCCUCUGAUUGACCAGAAGAUCAGAAUGUGCAUGCAGCUGUGCGACUCCGGGUCAUUUGUCUCCGUGCUGGAGUACAUCCUCGCCAUCGGCAAUUACCUGAACGAGAAUGCCGGAAAGGAAAAGGCCAAGGGAUUCCGCCUCUCGUCCUUAACUAAACUCUGCCAGCUCCGUGGGAGAGACAGAAAGUUCACCUUGCUCCAUGCCCUUGUUGAGCAGAUCAUGUUGCAUGAACCAUGCUUGGUCGCCUUUAUCCAGGAGUUGGCGGAAUUUGAAACUGUCCCAGGAGCCUCCAUCAAAGGACUGACCGCAGAGGUAGAUGUCCUGAAGAAUGAACUACAGAAGGUCAUACAGUAUAAAAAAACCUCCAAGAAGCGAAAUGGUGGCGAUCAUCACCCAAACUUCUCCAAAGACCUGAAGAUGGCCAUUGACAAAUACAACGCAGACCUCUCGGCGCUGAUGAAGAAGUGUGAGCAGAUGAAGAAACUCUUCUCUGACAUACUGGUGAAAUUUGGAGAACCAGCCAAUCAAGACUCCCGGGAGCUGUUUGGGUUGGUCUGUCAGUUCAUGCACGACUUCAAGAGGACCCACGCUGAAAUUGUAUAGGCUAUAUCGUAUGUUUGCUAAAAUAGUCAAAUCAAGCUUAGCACAUCUGAAUUUUAGUACAAGCACUGUUUAUGUAAUUAAUACAGAUAUACAUAUAUAUGUAAAAUGUCAUGUUAUGGCACACUGGAACACUUUAUACUUAUAUACUUUAUACUUAUAAACUGAAGCAUUGUUGUGAGUCACAGCUGUAAUGACCACUUGUAUUUUACCUCCAUUUUACUGUCAGAGGCUCCUGCAGCUUCUGUAUAAUGAUGCUGAUGCUCGUAGACACAGAAUGACAAUUUCAGUGGAUCAGUUUUGUGGAUAUCUUGCCAUUAAAGCUAA